UCUCUGCAAUCGGUACUCGAUUGCUUUGCCCUGGAGCCCAGAGUGAAUCCAUUUCAGAAAGCUGAUGCAAGACUGGUCCACACUGCCGGCGUCUGUCACCCACGUCUCGCUGUAAGGAGUCAGCAGGUUUUCGGUCAGAAGGCCCAGCGUCAUGGCAGAUCAGCUGAGUGCAGAUGAGAAGUUCAACCUCGUCACAAGGAACCUUCAGGAGGUCCUUGGAGAGGAGAAGCUGAAGCAGGUUCUUCAGGAGAGGGAGCUGAAAGUUUACUGGGGUACAGCAACCACAGGCAAACCCCAUGUUGCUUACUUUGUCCCCAUGUCCAAGAUUGCAGACUUCCUCAAGGCGGGAUGUGAGGUCACUAUUCUGUUUGCAGACUUGCAUGCCUUCCUCGACAACAUGAAAGCCCCCUGGGAGCUGCUGGAGCUCCGGGUGAAGUACUACGAACAGGUCAUCAAGGCCAUGUUGGAGAGCAUUGGUGUGCCGCUGGAAAAACUCAAAUUUGUCAAAGGAACAGAUUACCAGCUCAGCAGAGAGUACACUCUUGAUGUUUAUCGCCUAUCCUCCAUGGUGACGGAACAUGAUGCAAAGAAGGCCGGAGCUGAGGUUGUCAAACAGGUGGACCAUCCUUUGCUGAGUGGACUGCUCUACCCUGGACUGCAGGCUCUGGAUGAGGAGUACCUGAAGGUGGAUGCCCAGUUUGGAGGCGUUGACCAGAGGAAGAUUUUCACCCUGGCAGAGAAGUACUUGCCCUCUCUUGGCUAUGCCAAACGUGCCCAUCUGAUGAACCCGAUGGUACCAGGACUGACCGGAGCCAAGAUGAGCUCUUCAGAAGAAGAGUCAAAGAUUGACCUACUAGACUCCAAAGAGGAUGUGAAGAAGAAGCUGAAGAAGGCUUUCUGUGAGCCAGGCAACAUCCAGAACAACGGAGUCCUCUCCUUUGUCAAAUAUGUCCUCUUCCCUCUGCGUGGAGAGUUCUGUGUCAAAAAAGACGCCAAGUGGGGUGGAGACAAAAUCUACACUGUUUUUGAAGAGGUGGAGAAAGACUUUGCUGAGGAGGUGGUUCAUCCAGGAGACCUGAAGGCCUCAGUGGAAGUUGCACUAAACCAACUGCUGGAGCCAAUCAGAAAGAAAUUUGAGUCGCCAGAGCUCCGCAAGCUGACCAACUCUGCCUACCCUGGCCCCUCAAAAACAAAAACAGGAGCAAAGGGUGCCAAAGGAGGAGGAGGGGGGGGUGACGAUGAGCUGGCCCCCUCCAGAUUGGACAUCAGAGUGGGCAAGAUUGUCAGUGUGGAGAAGCAUCCAGACGCUGAUUCACUGUAUCUAGAGAAGAUCGACGUGGGUGAGGCGGAACCAAGGACCGUGGUCAGCGGGCUGGUGGCCUAUAUUUCGCAGGAGGACCUGCAGGACAGAAUGGUUUUGUUGCUGUGCAAUCUGAAACCCCAGAAGAUGCGAGGGAUCGAGUCUCAAGCCAUGCUGCUGUGUGCCUCUAUCGAAGGGGAGCCCAGGAGGGUGGAGCCUCUAGACCCUCCAGAUGGUUCGUCGCCAGGGGAUCGGGUAUUUGUGGAAGGGUAUGAGGCGGGAAAAGCGGACGACCGACUCAACCCAAAGAAGAAGGUGUGGGAGAAACUACAGGUUGACCUGAUGAUCUCAGACGAGUGUGUUGCUCAGUGGACAGACAAGCAGCUGAUGACCAAACUGGGACAAAUCACAUGUAAGACACUGAAAGGAGGCAACAUUAGUUAGGUUCACCACUGGAGCCGCUCCUGUUGACCACCUUACAACAAGAAAACACUCAUCACCCAAUUGCGAUGGCAACAAGUCCAACUUCAUCUGCGCGUUUUCCUGGAGAAUGAUGAGAUAUGGAUGCCUCAGAUGGUUUCGGACGGGUUCAGACAAAUUCUGUUACCUUGCUUUGACUUUAUUAGGAAAAAAUAUCAACUUCCUGCUAAGCAUGAGUAUCUUCUGACUAAAAAAAUGUAACUUGUCAAUCUCUGAUUCGUUAGUUUCCCUUUUUUUUUUUAACUGGGAUUGGAUGUUAUUUGAAUGCACUUAAUGUAUAAAUGCAAGAGAAUGUUCCACAAAUGGGAGAAAUCAAGGAUCCAAGUUCCAGUAGUUCAUUCCUGGAAGUCUCUGUUAAGGAAUAUCAGGUGUUUAAAAAGGGACUUAAUGCUUCAGAACUUUUCCUCCGAAUAACUGCAAGGUUAUUUGACAUCAUGGUAAAUGUCAGCGCAGUGUAAGGCAAUCUGGUGAAACCUAACGAGGUUUUGUUGGUUUCAGACAUCAGAUGUGACGAAAAAGCUAUUUGCAUUGUAAUAAUAGGAUUAUUGCAUUGGGGGUAGUGUUGUACAUUAAAUCAAUAUUUGAAAAUUAACUGUCUAAAUCAAAUAAUGCAUAAUUUGAAUAUAAAAUAAAUGCUGAAUUCUGUGGUCUGCAGGA